AUGCACGAGCGCCAUCCCAAGACGCUCGCCUGUAACCUCCCCGCGCUCGCCGAGUUCGGCUACCUCAAGGACUUCCCCGAUCUGCUCUACCGCCUCAUCCACGGCGCCGACACGCGCAAGCUCUACAUGGCCAAGGCGGAAACCCAGAAGAUCAGACGCAAGGUCGCGGAGGUCCGCGCCGCCAGGCUGGCCGGAAAGAAGCGCACGCACGGCCAAACCGUUGAGCGAAGCAGCGAGUCGGGAGCCGUGGUUCCUGCGGCGGCGGCGCCUAUGGAGACAGAGGAGGCGGCCGUGGAGAAGAAACCCGAGGCGACGGAUGUGGCGGCCCCGAAGGAGAUCCCCAUGACGAAGGAGGUGCGGAAGGCGGCCAUGCUCGCCGUGCAAUCGCUGGAGACGUACUACGGCAAUGGCGCCUACCGCUUCCUCUUGGACUGCGUCGCCCAGUUCUUCGCCGACCUCCUCGCCUCCGACCUCGAGCAGCUAGCACCCGGUGGCAGGAAGACGAAGAUCGGGCUCGCCGCCAAGUGGUGCCCCACGCCGGGAUCGUCGUUCGACCGGACGACGCUGCUCUGCGAGGCCAUGGCGCGCCGCCUCUUCCCGCGCGACUCCAGCCCCGACUACUCUGACCUGUCAGAGGAGCACUACGCCUACCAGGUGCUCCACCGUCUCCGCCGCGAGGUGCUGGUGCCGUUGCGGAAGGUCCUGGAGCUCCCGUAG